AUGACAGGCUCCCUAGAUGCCCAGUUCACCUGCCCCUUCUGUAACCACGAGAAGUCUUGUGACAUGAAAAUGGACCAGGCCCGCAACACCGGAGUCAUCUCUUGUACCAUGUGCCUAGAAGAAUUCCAGAUGCCCAUCACUUAUCUGUCAGAACCAGUGGACGUGUACAGUGAAUAG